GGGUCGGGGGCGUGCCCGAGGCCGUGGCUCCCCGGGAAGGCGGAAGCGGCUCCCGGGCCCCGUGGGCCGGGUCCGGAGGGACCAUGGCCGGGGCCGGCUGGGCCCCGCCGCGCCUGGACGAGUUCAUCCUUACCGAGCGCCUUGGCUCCGGCACCUACGCCACCGUCUAUAAGGCCUUCAGGAAGAGGAACGCGCGUGAAGUGGUAGCCAUCAAGUGUGUGAGCAGGAGGAGCCUGAACCGGGAGUCCGUGGAGAACCUGCUGACAGAGAUCGAGAUCCUCAAGACCAUCCGCCACCCACACAUCGUGGAGCUCAAGGACUUCCAGUGGGACAGCGAGCACAUCUAUCUGAUCAUGGAGUUCUGCGCUGGGGGCGACCUCUCCCGCUUCAUCCGGAUGCGCAGGAUCCUCCCUGAGAAGGUGGCACGCAUCUUCCUGCAGCAGCUCGCCUGCGCCCUGAAGUUCCUCCACGACCGCAACAUCUCCCACCUGGACCUCAAGCCACAGAACAUCCUCCUGAGCACUCCGGAGAACCCCCAGCUGAAGCUGGCAGAUUUCGGCUUUGCGCAGUACAUGUCGCCAUGGGACGAGAAGCACGUCCUGCGGGGCUCCCCCCUCUACAUGGCCCCCGAGAUGGUGUGUCGCCAGCAGUACGAUGCCCGCGUGGACCUGUGGUCGGUGGGCGUCAUCCUUUACGAAGCACUUUUUGGGGAGCCACCCUUCGCUUCCCACUCCUUCGCCGAGCUGGAGGAGAAGAUUCGCAGUGACCAGGUUGUGAAGCUUCCCAGCCGACCCCAGCUCUCCCCAGAAUGCCGGGAUCUCUUGGGACAGCUCUUGGAGAGGGACCCUCUGAAGCGCAUCUCCUUUGAGCGCUUCUUUGCCCACCCCUUUGUGGACAUGGAGCACGUCCCUGGCCCUGAUAGCCUGGGCAAGGCGACUGACCUGGUGGUGGAGGCAGUGAAGAAGGAUCAAGAGAGGGAUGCCAAUGCCGCCCUCUCCCUCUACUGCAAAGCCCUGGAGUAUUUUGUGCCAGCGCUGCACUAUGAAAGCGAUGCACGGCGGAAAGAAGCCAUCCGGGCCAAGAUGGGGCAGUACAUCUCCCGAGCAGAGGAGCUGAAGGCUUUGGUCACCUCCAGCAACAAGAACCUACUGGAGAAAGGGAACUCGGCCAGAGAGCUCCUUAAAGAGAUGGCCAAGGACAAGCCUCGGCUCUGCGCAGCGCUGGAAAUGGCUUCAGCUGCCAUGGCCAAGGAGGACGAAGGCGGGGAUGAUGGUGACACCCUGGAGCUGUACCAGCAGAGUCUGGGGGAGCUGCUGCUCCUCCUGGCUGCGGAGCCAGCAGGGCGGCGACGGGAGCUGCUCCAUGCGGAGAUCCAGAUGCUGAUGGCCCGAGCUGAGUGCCUGAAGGAUCAGAUCAAGGUACGGUUGAUUGGUGUGGAGCUGGAUCUGAGCGGGGAUGCAGGCCAGGAAACUCUCCUCUCCCUUGGCAGAUGCGGCAGGCACAGUCCGUGGGCAAGGAGGCACUGGCAGAGCCCAUCCGGAGCGCCUGUACCUUGCAGUGAUUCCCAGGAGCCGGCCAGUGGAUGCUGCUCGCUGCCCUGUGCGGAGAUGCCGUCGGAAAGAUGAGGCUUCCGUCCCCACCGCAUCAGGGUAACACCUCGGAAGUCACCCUCGGGCUCCCAUCCCCAGGGGGUCCACAGGACCAUCUGCCUCCUCUGCCAGGCACUGGGCUCGUUUCCCUCCUAGCCCUGCCUCGACCGUCUGCUGCUGCAGCCUCCCCUUCCACGGCGGGCGGGUUAUUCCACUCUAAUUCCCUCCGCUGGCUGCCACGGGAUGGGUAUUUUUAUCCUGGCACCGGGCUCCAGCAGAAUAUCCACCCUGAUUUUUUGGCUGGGUGUUUCUUCCACCUCCCAAAUUCUGGGGGAGCGUCCACACAGCCCAGGUCCACGGAUCCCAGCCGGGAGCUCAGGGUGGUCAGGGGUGCUCUGCUGUGCCUUCCUCACCCAGCAUUCUACCUCUGUACCCACUACGGCUCAUCCAGCCUCCAGCACCCCUUUGCACUGUCCCAGCCCUCCCUCUCACUGCUGGAGCAUUGGGAAUGAGGCUUUUUGUUUCUAAACCUGGAGUCUGGCAGGUACUGACUGCAUCAUCAUUGUCAUGCGUGUGAGCAGUGUUCAGCAAGGGUCCGACUGAGCAGGAAUCAAUCACCUUCAGGGACAGACAUCCUUGGCAUUCUGCAUGCUCUGCUCCACUCCUCAGGGCUCUGACAACCCCAAGAUCCAAACCAUAUUUCCAGCAGUCACUUGUCCGGGGUGCUGAGGUCCGCCUGUCCUGCAAAACAAGGGACUUGUCUCAAAAUCUACUGUAUCUCAAGGGAAUGUAAUUUAUUGUCUUUAAUAAAUGCUGAUUUUAGUUUCUC